AUGGAGGUACAUGUAGAUACGAAGCUACCCUACAUCAAGGUGGAAGAAGAAGAGGAUGUAUCUCCACCCGUGACGACGAGCGCGUCGUUUGGCACAACAAGCACCACAAGAACCCCGAGUGUGGCUCGCCGCCGCGUUUCGACGUGCAACGAUGACGUGCAUGCCUUGCUGAAUUUGGAUCCAGCCAGUGUGGCCAUUCGAGCUUCCAUGAUGGGGACCAAUACGCUGACUCUAGUGGCCAACUUUGCCGCCAAUUUGACCCACUAUGUCAAUCUCGUCCAGGAAGGCAAAAAGCAAGAUCAACAUCCCGGGCGUCCGAGUGUCGUCAUCUCGCCCAGCAGCAAUCACUGUCGUCCAGCUAAUAGCAACAACAACAACAACCAAAACAACAACAAUAUGGAUCUAGACGUUUAUGCCGAAGGAUUCAGUGAUUACGUCAACCAGUGUGUUGACCAGGGACCUCCCACCCGUACAGCGACGCACAUCAUGAAUCAUGAGGCUGCUACCCAUCCAAAUCCAAAUGGCAACGAUCCCACAGAUCUGACAAACCACAAUAGCAACAACGCUACUCAAGAGUCAACCACCAUGGCUGCUGGCACUGCUGCUACUGGCACUACUGGCACUACUAGGCGACUUUGUCAAGACGAAGCGACCCAGACAAAUAUUCCCAACAAACGGCCCAGGAUUUCCACUGACCACCCAUCAGUAGACACUGCCAGCGAACCUCCUGCUUCGGUGGAAGACAGUACAAGUGCAGAUGAUACCUCUGAAAUUUCCAAUAUGGCCGAAAACAAGGAUAACCAUUUUUCCGAUUCCUCCACAGAAGGCACCCCUCUCGUCGCCGCUACCACAGAACCAAACAACAUGACGGAACACAGCAAUGAUGAUUCCACGGAUCGGUCCGUGGAAAACACGGCUCCCACGAACACUGAAACAAUAACCAACAUGACCGACCAGCAACCAGUCACUGUUAGCACACCUCCUGGUACAGAGGAAACGAGUACAAAUACCACGCCCGCGAACACUGAAACAACCAACACAACAGACCAGCAAUCAGGCGCUGCUAGCGAACCUCCUGAGACAGAGGAAAAUUGUACAAACAUCACGCCCGCUAACACCGACACAACCAACAUGACUCACCAGCAAUCAGACACUGCUAGCACACCUCCUGAUGAAGAGGAAACUAGUACAAAUACGGAUUCUACCUCGGAAACAACCAACAUGGCCGAACACAAGGAUAUCCAUUUUUCCGAUUCCUCCACAGAAGGCCCCCCUCUUGCCGCUGCUACCACGGAACCAAACACCAUGAUGGAACACAGCGAUGUUGAUUCCACGGAUAUCUCCGUGGAAAACACGGCCGCUAACACAGGCACAUCCCACACGACCGACCAUCAAUCAGACACUGCUACCGGUAGCACACCUCCUGAUACAGAGGAAAAUACGGAUUCUGCCUUGGAAUCCACCAACGUGGUCGAAAACAACAACAAGGAUGAUUCUUUGGAUUGCACCAUGGCACUUGCAGCGCCCACCACCACUAUUUCGUCUUUUACCGCUGCUGAGGAAGACCACCAUUACAUCAACAAUAAGGAAAACCAUCAACCCGAAACAACCAGUUCGACGAUACGUAGUAGCAGCACGCUCGUGAUUCACGAUACGGACGGACCAGACGACUACAAUGGAAAACUCGAACAAAGUCAAGUGCCACGAUCCGUGGGGCUCACACGAACCAUUCUCAAUCAGCAUUUGGAAUCCCUCGGAUUGACCACGCAAUUUGGCAUGGCCGUUCUCUCCAAAAAUGGAUCCAGAGUCUCACACAUUACCCUCAAUCAAAAAUGGAACCAGUGUCCCUACAGUUCCCAGCAUCUCCUGAAAUGGUGGUUGGGAAAGGGAAAGCAAAGAUUGCGCACGGCGUCCAUCUUGGAUCCGGCAAAGUCGGAUAACGCCAACAAGGAGGUUCCCAUUUUCUUUGCCACUCCACCAAAGUUAGGAGGAGCGCCCUGUCAUUACGUGGGACAUUAUCAAUGCGUCAGUUUUGAAGCCAAUUUGGAUGUCAAAUUCAAGGGGGAAGAGCGUCAGGCACUCCUCCAGUUUCAGUUUGUACGGUUUGAUGAGGCCAUGGCGGGGAAAUUGGCCAACAUUGCCGCCAAUCGAUUAUCCAAGAAGGAGUAA